CAGCAUUCCUCGCGAUGGAUGGUCUUGAAGCCUAGGAACAUAGAAGUUUGGAUUUGACAGAUAAUUUACCAUCAUGAAUAAAGCUGCAGCAGAAGUCCUCAUCACAAGCUACUUUUACCAGCUCACUGAUGGCUGUGGAACAAAAAACUGUAGAAAUAAGAACUGUGCUUCAAAUGGAAAACUCAAGCUUGACAAGAAUGAAGCAGCUGCACUAGCCGUGAAAUUGUGUCAGGAAAAAGCAGAGUUAGCAUUAUGUGAUAAUAUCAAAACCAAGUUCAACAUCAAGAAAGAGCCCUAUUUGACAGAGUCAUUACUACUUUCAAAGAUAGAAUCCUGUAAGAAGACAAACAGUUACAAGGAACUUGUCCACAUUAUUGGCAAAGUGUUUUCUGAUUCCAAGUUAUUAAACAAAAGUUUCCUGCUUGAGAAGCCAAAGGCACUGGAGGGAGCAACUCUCUUUGUUGAUGUUGAUGCAGUUAGAAGAAUCUACAAAGAACUGUUUGUACUUGAGGACCCUUCAGUGGAAAACGCUCUGCUGAAUUCACUGGUAACAUUGUCAUCAAACAUUGAAAUUCAAAUAAACUUUCACAAGCAUGACAUUGUGCUAGAAGAUCCCAACUUCUUAAAUCAGAUAAUAGUUGUCAUGGAAAACACAAUGCUACAAAGCCCAGAGUAUCUUGAUAGCGCUCUGCCUAGCUUUUUGAAAUCUCUCACUCUCUUACCUGCAAAUUUGCAAGCUCAGCUUGUCAGGAUUUGGUGUACCUAUGAAGUAGAUGACAUUCGUCGCAUGGUGGAAACUUUGCAACAAUUAAUCACUUAUCAAGUCCUAACAGGGCCUUCAGCUGUCAAUCAUAUUCCAGUUCAUGAAGACAUUGCAAUAGUCAAUAGUACCAAGGUUAUGAAGUUAUUUUACCUUGUUAGUAUAAUAGCAGGAGAAAAAAGAAAUCCAAGUAAAGUAACCUUGCAAAACGAUUCCCAACCUAUCUCAACAGCUAUCAAAACUUUCCAAGAUGAAAUUUACAAAGUGCUUGAGUUACGCUCACUAGAUUGCCGUCAGCCAAUUUUAAAUUAUGAUGAAUUUGUUAAUGAACCACUGAACGAUCACAUAGAAGUAGACCGGGACUUCACCUACUUUAAGGGUGAUCCACAAAAGUUUUCAUUUCUUAGCCACUUUUUUGUACUUAGCACAGCAACCAAAGGAUUGGCACUCUUUUAUGAUAAYCGUGUGCGGAUGUUUAGUGAGAGGAGAUUGACUAUGUUAUACAGCCUUGUGCAUGGACAUCACCAAACGCCUUAUCUUCGUCUUAAAGUUAAAAGAGAGAGUCUGAUUGAUGAUGCCCUUGUCAGGCUGGAGAUGGUUGCCCAAGAUCAACCCAUAGAUCUUAAGAAGCAGCUGGUGGUUGAAUUUGAAGGAGAGCAGGGUAUUGACGAGGGAGGGGUCUCUAAGGAAUUCUUCCAGUUGGUCGUCGAACAGAUUUUCAAUCCUGAUUAUGGGAUGUUCACUUAUGAUCCCAACACAAGGUUUUGUUGGUUUAAUCCAACCUCAUUUGAAAGUGCUGCCCAGUUCCGUCUCAUUGGUCUAGUGGUUGGUUUGGCCAUUUACAAUAAUAUAAUCCUGGACAUACACUUUCCUAUGGUGGUUUAUACAAAACUGUUUGACAAGCCAGGUACCUUUGAUGACCUCAAGGAUUCCCAUCCUGUAUUGUAUAGAAGUUUGAAGUCAAUGCUUGAACAUGAGGGCAAUGUUGAGGAUGACAUUGGGUGUACUUUCAAAAUUGGCUAUACUGAUGUCUUUGGCUCAAACUUGUCUCAUGACCUUAAAGAGAAUGGUGGAGAUAUUGCCGUAACCAAUGAAAACAAAAAGGAAUACAUAACUUUGUAUGCAGACUUCAUUUUGAACAAGUCAGUGGAAAAACAGUUUAAGGAAUUUAAAUCUGGUUUUGAGUUGGUCGUUGGUGAUUCUCCACUGAAGGCUUUUUUCAGGCCUGACGAGGUUGAGCUUUUGGUUUGUGGUAGCAAAGAACUGGACUUUGAUGCACUUGAGAAUUCUACAGAAUAUGAUGGUGGAUUGAGCAAAGAUUCAGAGUUGAUCAAGUGGUUCUGGGAAGUAGUGCACAGUUUCGAAAUGGAACAGAAGCGACAGCUGCUGAUGUUUACCACCGGUAGUGACAGGAUUCCUGUAGGAGGAUUGUCAAAACUGAAGCUCAUCAUCGCUAAGAAUGGACCCGAUUCAACCAGGUUACCAACGGCUCACACGUGCUUCAACGUUCUUCUGCUUCCGGAGUAUAGCAGCAAGGAGAAGCUCAAAGAACGCUUGCUUAAGGCUGUAARCAACGCCAAAGGGUUUGGGUUACUCUAGAAAGAUAAUUGUGAUAAUAGGGAUCCAAUUUUAGCAAGAAAGGAAUGUGAUCUUCAGGAUUCUAURUCCUAACAAUUUUAUUUAGUUACCGUCAAAUUAAAAAGGGAGUGACAAUGGUCGAUUUGAAAAACAUCAAAAAAAUAAUAUACGAUGGUCCUAAAAGAAAUAUAAACUUAUGAAAUGACUACAUCAGCCCAAGUUCUUYCUAAUCUAGUGUUAACUUCAAAAACAUUGCAACGUUUCAAGAGUCUCUAAGAGAAACGAGGGUGAGUCAUUUCAGUUCUGUAAGAAUAAAAACGAAAUGAAGCUGCAGUCUAUGCUUAGAACAGUCUGUAGUUUGUCGAAGUACAGUUCUUACAGCUACAAAGAUUGGGCUCGCUGUGGUGGCUAUUGACAAAGCAUACCCAUGUUAUUUGCCUAUACCUUUUGCCUUUGUAGUUAGCUUGAAUCUACGGAUGAUAUUUUACUGACAAAAGCUUGCUAUGUCAAACAAAUAUUUCAAACCCUAUUACAGCCUAUAGGGGUUGUUUUCCAGUUACUGAAAAGUGUUUCCAUUACCAAGGCAUUAACAACCUAUUCAACUUUGCAUGGUUUAUGGUUGCCAUGGUUACCAGUUUAUACUCAUUAGCAUAAUGACGUGACUUAGACAACACAGGCCAAAACGUCUGGGUUUUUGGGUUGCGAUGGUCUAAGUUAGUUUAUUUUUUGAUCGACAUAAGCCAAAAACCCAGACUUGGGCUGUUUUGGUCGCGUAACUGUCAAAGUGGGAGUAAUGUGUUUCAAGUUUGUUUAAGUGUAAACUUGGUUUUUAGGUAUUUUUUUUAGAAUUUACUGAUAGAAUAGAGACUUAUUGGUAGAUUUCCUUUUCAUCCAUCCUCAUUUUCCAGUCAUGUCCAAAAUUCUAGUAUUUUGGUUCUUGUUGGCGUUUAAACUACUUUCUCUGCCGGGCCAUUACAAGCCAGAUUUUGGAGGCGUUAGGACCGUGGCGAAUAGUCCUGGCCGAUCAGUUUUGAAGAUGACUAGACGAUGUUAUAUCCACCACCGGGUGACCCCUUUGCACUCAAUACCAUCCAAAACUGCUGAGGACUUUAGGUCAAUGCAGUUGGUUUUUGCACUUUAGCCUCAAGGAUUCCAUUGCUUAUCAGAUGUUUUAAAAUGACUUUGGAUAAAAAGGAAAUCUGCACUUGAUGAUCAAUAAAAAAUGUAGCGAAACAUAUAGCGUGUUUACUAACCGUGUACUUUCAAGUGUUAGCCAAGUAAGCAAUAAUAAUCUAAGAGUUGUUUCCCAA